AUGGCCAUUGCAGAAGACAGCAGUUUUUCUCCGAAAGCCAGCACCAGUAAGCUGCCGACAGAUGCGUCUCCCGACUCCAAGUGCCCCAUCUGCCUGGACAGAUUUGACAACGUGGCGUAUCUGGAUCGCUGCUUGCACAGGUUCUGCUUCCGCUGCAUGCAAGAGUGGUCCAAGAACAAAGCAGAAUGCCCGCUCUGCAAGCAACCCUUCUUCUCCAUUUUCCACACGAUUCGUGCUGAAGAUGACUUCAAGGAGUACAUCCUCAGCCCUUUAGAAACAAGCUCUUUUGCCAGCCCCGACGGCCGGAGGUUUCGUUACCGCACCACCUUGACGAGGGAACGCCGCGCGUGCGGUUCCCUUUCCCGAAGGAUGCCGUCGCCUCCAGAUAACGGGAUGUUGUUUGAAGGGCUGUCGAGCGAGCCGGCGCGACACAGGCACAGGGAGAUUCAGCAGAUGCUGAGGAGGCUGGCCUCAAGGAGGAAGGCCAGCGCGGAGGGCAGAUCUCUGCGGCAGAUCCAGGAGGAGGACAUGAUCACCUUCCGCAGGGCUCUGUACCGCACUGGCGUGCGCAUCCGCAGCAUCCAGGACGGCGGCCGAUACCGAGAGAUUUCGGCCGAGUUCUUCCGCCGCAACCCUGCUUGCCUUCACCGCCUGGUUCCUUGGCUGAAGCGAGAGCUUACGGUCCUGUUUGGUGCCCACGGGUCUCUGAUCAACAUUGUGCAGCACAUCAUCAUGAGCAACGUAACCAGGCACGAUCUGGAAAGCCAGGCCUUUGCUGACGACCUGAAGCCAUUUCUGCUGAAUCGGACAGAGCACUUCCUGCACGAAUUCAUCAGUUUUGCUCGUUGUCCUUUUAACUUAGAAGCAUACGAUCAACACGCCAAUUACGACUGUCCUGCCCCGUCGUAUGAGGAAGGAAGCCACUCAGACUCAUCAAUUAUUACAAUAUCUCCCGAUGUGGCGUACCCGCAAGGGCCGGAUAAUAGUUUGUCUGUUCCUGGCCUUGGUCAGGCCCCGUGGGAUGACGAAACUCCGGGGCCUUCCUAUACCGUUUCAGAAGAGGUUCGUGCAGCCAUAGCUUCUCUGGAGUCAUCAGAAAGUUCUGACGAGGACUCUGCUUCAGGGAGCCGAAGAACCAAGCUGCAGACUGGGUUACAGGCCAAUGCUGACUCAAACGACAGUGGCUCUUCCUCAGACAAUUGUGUCAUUGUUGGGUACGUUAAGCCGCUGGCUGAGAGGACCCCAGAAGUGGUCGAGCUGUCCUCUGACUCUGAGGAGUCCAUCAAGGAAGAGAAAAGGGAAGAGGUCAAGAAACAGCGACCAGUCCAGUGUCACAGCUGGGGUGACAGUGAACCAAGCAGGAGCUUCUCACCAUAUUCCCCAACAUACAGGGAGGAUGUAGGAGGUUGCAGAAGGUAG